AUGUCGGCUCAGAACUCCGCGGGCAUCCAGACCCUCCUCGACGCCGAGAGAGAGGCUCAGAAGAUUGUUCAGCAAUCUAGAGAAUAUCGCACCAAGCGGAUAAGAGACGCCAAAUCCGAGGCUCAGAAGGAGAUUGAAGAGUACCGGAAGCAGAAGGAGGAAGAGUUCAAGAAGUUCGAGACCGAGCACUCGAGCGGCUUCAAGAAGGCCGAAGAUGACGCCAACAAUGAGGCCCAGGCUAAGCUCCAGGAGAUCAAGGAUGCCGGCAAGAACAAGGGCGACAAGGUCGUGCAGGAUCUCAUCCAUGCUACCACGCAGGUGAAGCCGGAGGUGCCGGAGAAGAUUGUUGUCAAAGCAUAG